AUGGCAGCAACAUCUUCGAUACAAGGAUCUUUGCCCUGGCGUACUUGUGGCCGGUGUCUCCGGCGCCAAUAUCUCCAAUCGAAUUACCUACCCUCCACCGGCCGUUUUCUCUCGACCGUCCGCCCCCUCCGAACCACUGCGAAGAACCCGCUUCGAUCGUCAGGAAAUGCGCGCACACGCGAGGCAGAGAUCGCACAAUACCGGCGGUCGAUGACUCUGUCUGCGGCUGGCAUCGCUGCCUGUGCCGUAGCCAUGUAUGGAGUCAUCAAAAUGGACCUGUUUGGUCUUUCUCAGCUUGAGGAGACAAAGUCAGCGAACAACAACAAUGCGGACAACGGAGCGCUAAAGCUGGACGGUCCAGACGGCUUCCCAAGUAGCCCGUCGGUGAUCCGCAUCCAAGGACAAGACGGUGUCGAGCAGGUCGCCACCGGCACGAGCACCGUCCCUCACUUCCCCAGCACGAUCCGACUCCCCAGAUCCAUCGACGACCCCUCCCUCAAGUCUGGAGAAGACCUUCCCGCGGGUCCUGGCGUGGAAGAAGACGAAUACCAGCUCCUGGGCCUGGGGAUCCGCACCGUCUCCUUCCUCCAGAUCCAGGUGUACGUGGUCGGCCUGUACGUGGCCAAGGCGGAUAUUUCGGAACUGCAGCAGCGGCUGCUCCGCACGGCAGUGAACCCGCCCGGGCGGGACAGCGUGAUCAGCGAUACUCCGGGAGCUACGUCGGCUACGUCGCUGGUCUCGACCGAGCGGCAAGGGCUGAAGGAGCUGCUUCUGGAUCCGGAGAUGGGCGAGGCCGCUUGGACCCAGAUCCUCAAGCAGGAUGGGCUGCGCACGGCAUUCCGGAUCGUGCCGACGCGCAACACGGACUUCUUGCAUCUGCGGGACGGCUGGGUGCGGGGCGUCACGGCGCGAGCGCAAAAGGCUAAUGCAAAGGCCAAGGAGGGCGGCGCAGGCGCUCCCAGCGAGUUCGAGGAUGAGUCGUUUGGGGCUGCGAUGAAUGAAUUCAAGAGUCUGUUUGGGGGUGGGCAGCGGAAGAGUGUCCCCAAGGGGCAGACCUUGCUUCUGGUACGGAAUGCCCGCGGGGAGCUGAAUGCGCUGUUCCAUCCUGAUCCCGCGAAGCCGAUGCGCUUCCUUGGUCGGGUGGCUGACGAGCGCAUCAGUCGGCUGGUGUGGUUGAAUUACCUGGCCGGGAAGACGGUCUCCAGCGAGGGAGCGCGCCAAAGUGUGGUGGAUGGGGUCAUGGGGAUUGUGGAAAGACCGGUUGGAACCGUAACUCUGAAGGUUGUUUGA